AUGACCUUGUUCUGUGGUCGAUCUCUGGCGGUGGUUAUGCUGGCUGUUCUCAGGGGGUCAUCAGGCAAGGAGACCCCAUCCCCCCACCCCUCCCCAUGUGCCACAGAUGCCCCAGAUAACGAACCAACACACCAUGGGGUUGGAAAAUGCCGCCCUAGCACGCUACUCCAGUGUCGCCGAGUAGAGCCGCCAAAGACCACGCUUGCAACGCUAAAUGAUCCCUACACAUACGCUCAACGCCCCAUUGCCCACAUCCACGCAAUCAGCAGCCCACGCCAGCCCCACAUUCCGCCCAUUCUCCUCACGACCCCCACCCAUGCCCUAAACGCAACGACCCCCACCCAUGCCCUCAACGCCAAAGCAUCGACCCCACCCACGAUUCAACGCCAAACGACCCCACCCACGCCCCACAUUCCCCGCCCAUUCUCACCUCACGACCCCCCAUGCCUAAACGCAACGACCCCCACCCAUGCCCUCAACCGCCAAAGCAUCGCAAAUCAACGCAAACGACCCCCACCCACGACAUUCCCGCCAUUCCACUCACGACGCCACCCUGCCCCCAAUGACCCCACCCAUGCCCUCAACGCCAAAGCAUCUGACGCCCACCACCAACGCCCGACACGAUUCCCCCCACCCAUCAACGACCCCACCAUGCCCUAA